AGGUUCUCCGAACGGUAUUUACGCCUUCAUAUAUUGCGCACAACGGGCGGCGCUGGGAGUAUUUACUUUAAAUUUUCUUUUACAAGUCUUGUUUUUAACAUUAGUUGAUCUAAACGAUCAGACCAUGAAUCGCUUUCUUCUGCUCGCAUUUGUAUGCUGGCAGCUAUUUGCGGACAGCAACGCAAUAAUCAGAAUUCCUCUAUAUAAAACUCGCACUGUGCGGCGCAUGCUGGCAGACAAUGGAAAGACUAUUGAAGAGAUCAAAUCUAUGGCAAAGUUAUCUUAUAAGACGGCCUACAAUAAACCAGUUACAGCAACACACGCCCCACACACAACUCCAAUACCAAGACCUGUUGAAAAACUCACCAACUUCAUGGAUGCCCAAUAUUUUGGAGUGAUCAGUAUCGGCACUCCUCCUCAAAACUUUACGGUCCUCUUUGACACCGGAUCAUCCAACCUCUGGGUUCCAUCUAUUCAUUGCUCCUUUCUGGACAUAGCGUGCUGGUUUCAUCAUCGCUACAACUCAAAGAAGUCAAGCACGUACGUUAAGAACGGAACCGAGUUCUCAAUCCGGUAUGGCACAGGGAGUUUGUCCGGCUUUGUCAGUCAGGAUACAGUCGCUUUGGCAGGGUUGAAGGUGCCUAACCAGCAGUUUGCCGAGGCGGUUAAUCAGCCUGGAAUUGUGUUUGCUGUAGCACGCUUCGAUGGAGUGCUGGGCAUGGGAUACCCCGCCAUUUCUGUAGACGGCAUCACACCAUGGUUCGACACGGCUAUGGCUGCCAAAAUCCUGCCCCAGAAUGUCUUCUCUUUUUACAUCAACAGGGACCCUGUAGGUGAGGUUGGAGGCGAGUUGAUGCUGGGAGGUUUUGACCAGCAGUAUUUUGAUGGUGAUCUGCAUUACGUCAAUGUCACACGGAAAGCCUACUGGCAGAUUGAGAUGGAUAAAGUUCAGGUCGGCAGUACACUUACCCUGUGCAAAGGUGGUUGCCAGGCCAUUGUCGACACAGGAACGUCAUUAAUCACAGGACCAUAUCAGGAGGUGCGGGCGCUGCAGAAAGCCAUCGGAGCUUUGCCACUGCUUAUGGGAGAGUACUGGAUUGACUGUAAGAAGAUUCCAUCACUUCCCGUUAUAUCCAUCAGUCUGGGUGGGAAGAUGUUCAACCUCACCGGAGAAGACUAUGUUAUGAAGGUGACUCAUAUGGGAUUUAGUGUCUGCCUGUCUGGUUUUAUGGCUAUGGAUAUCCCGCCACCCGCCGGGCCUCUGUGGAUUCUGGGAGAUGUUUUCAUCGGCCGCUAUUACAGUGUGUUUGAUAGGGAAGCUGACCGCGUGGGGUUCGCUCGUGCUAAGUGAAGUCAGUGAAUCAGCCUAUUGUAUGUCUGGAUAUAAUGGCCAGCUGUUAGGAGUAAACACUUGGGUUAAAGCUGGUAAAUUCAUUCCUUUUUUAAGUAAGUAAGCAAUGAGAAAUGAACAAAUGUGGUAGCGCUUUAUAGUAAGCUAAUAUGAAAUAACAUUGAACAAAACGUUUGCAUCAUUUAUUGAUCUUGGUUGCAGAGUAAAGGGAUAGUUCACCCAAAAAUGAUUUAGUUCUCCUCAAGUUGUUUUGCUAAACACAAAGGAAGAUAUUUGUAAUCAAGCAGGAAACGGGAAGUUUCAAAAACUUUGUGGUUAAAACAUUGCUCAAAAUAUUUUUGUUUAGCAGAACAAAUAAAUGUAUACAGGUUUGGAACAACCUGAUUAACCCUUUAAUAUAUACAUUUUGUAAUUUUUAAGUGAAAUCAUGCUUGUUAAUAGUAUAUAAGUUGUGUACAUUUAAGAUGAACCUAGAUUAGUAAAUGUCAAAUUGAGUUGAUUGUUAGUUCAUAAUGAAUCAUCUGUUUAACCUUAUCGUAAAGUGUUACCACAUGCUUUAAUAGAAAUGAUAUACAUUCCAAAGAAUGAAACCAAAGCCAUACUGAGGUUUCUGCGUGCUUCCAUAUUUUGGUUGAAGCCUUACAAUUUGUUUUUAUUUUGCACUGAAUUGCAAUGUAUAACGGUGUUGUAAAAAAGCAUAGUUGAUAUUUUAUACUUUUGCUAUUAAUUAUUUUGUAAUGUAAUAAAAAAAUUUAAAAUUCGAUUUUGUAAGACAAACCAAUGGUAAAUGUUUGGUAUUCUGGUUACGUAAGUCUCAAAAGCUUUGUAUGCGUGAUUUUUGUUAAUGUGGAUAAUAGUAUAAUACUUUGUUUUCAUGAUGUAUUAAUUGUGUUUCUCUUAAUAGAUAAUUUGUAGGAAGCUGAUCAUAAGCACAUGAGUGAUUUUUAAUAUUUACCAAUAAUCAAACAAUUCUACUAGGAUUUGAAGUAAAAAUUAUUUCAAGUUUUACUUUAAAUAAAGUUUUUUUUGUA